AUGGUUUUGGAAGACUAUGAAAUACAACAAAAUAUGGUUGAUGUGGAAUUUAGUUAUUUACCAUUUGAUCUUAGUGUUGAUUCUCCUCCGGUUGUUAUGAUGAAUGAUCGUCAAGUGAAAAAUUUUGUUGCUUAUUGGAGAAUGAAGAAUAACAUAUGGUUGUGUGUGACGUUUAAAGCCACGGUGAAUGAUAGAAGCAAUAUUGAUCUGAAUAAGAAACCAAACGAUUCAAGUGAGGGAGGCGUUGAUGAUCUUUUGUGUGAAAAGCUGCCAAAAUUUGUGAGCAAAGCAAAACCGAAUGAUUCUAACUUCAUAACUUCUAAGGACGCUGAAGUUGGUGCUAGAUCUAUGAUGGUUGAUUCUAUGGUAAAGAAGGGACAAUAUUUCAAAAGCAAGGAAGCUUUACAGGCAAGUUUAGAAAUUUUUGCGAUGAAGUAUAACUUCGAUUACAGAGUUACUAAAUCUGGUACAAGAUUUGGGUGUAUACGCUGUAUUGAUGAUGUUUGCAAAUGGCGUAUUCGUGCUGAGUGCUUCGAAUGGUCUACGUGUUGGAAAAUCAACAAGUAUGUGGGUAGCCAUACUUGUGCUCCUUCAAGGAAAACGAAAUUUGGUAGAACACCUUCAGCAAGAACAAUCGGGAAUCUCAUCAAACAUAAUUAUGAAGGUGUCAAGGAGGGACCUAAACCCAAUGACAUCAUUAAUAUUAUGCGUACGGAGAAUGGAUGUGAGCUAACUUAUUCCCAAGCUUGGGAAUCUCGUGAGUAUGCAGUUAACGAAGUAAGAGGAAUCCCAGAGAAAAGUUUUGCUAAGAUACCUAACUACUUGCACAUGCUAAAAGAGGCGAAUCCUGGUACGCAUACAAAUUAUGAUAUUGAUUGUGAUGGUAGAUUCAAGUAUCUAUUCAUUUCAUUUGGUCAAUCAAUAAGAGGGUUCUACAAGAAAAUUCGGAAGGUCAUUGUAGUUGACGGAACGUUUUUAAAGAACAAGUACAAAGGAGUUCUACUAGUUGCUACAGCCGUAGAUGGUAACUCUAAUUUGUAUCCAAUUGCAUUUGGGAUUGCUGAUUCUGAGAAUGAUGCUUCAUGGAAGUGGUUUUUAAUGCAGCUUAGGGUUGUUAUUGCGGAUGACAAAGAUUUAGCUUUUGUGUCAGAUCGACAUAUAUCUAUUGGUAAAAUGAUUGAAAAAAUCUACCCAUUGGCUAAACAUGGUAUUUGCAUCCACCACUUGAUAGGUAAUGUGAAACUUGCAAUUAUCAGUCCGGCGAUUGGAGGUUAUCUACAUGAGGCUGAUGUGAAAAAAUGGGCUAGAUGUCAUUUUCCUGGAUAUAGAUAUGACAUAAACACCAACAACCCUGCUGAAUCAAUAAAUUCAGCUUUGAGAUCACCAAGAGAGUAUCCAAUAAUUCCUUUGUUAGAUAGCAUUAGAGAAAUGUUAACCCGCUGGUUUUAUGAGCGUAGGGCAUUAAGUGAGCAGCAGAACGACCCUUUAACCAUUGAGGUGGAGCAGAAGAUUUCUAGAAGAAUAGAGAAGGGUAAAAAGUUUAAAGCUUAUCCUACUUCUCAAUUCAUAUUACAGAUUAAAGUAUAA